ACAGCGUCGCGGUGCAUUGUGGGUGGGUAGUUCAGACGCUUCUUCUGCUUAGCUUGGCGCUUUGUUAGCUAGCCUGGCUAACGUUAACAAUGUAGUUAGCUUAGCAAGAACAACAAGCCCUAUAGUUAGCUAGCGUUAACUAAGUUAACCCACAGUUUAUUCCCCCGUUUACUCACUCUCAGCGUGUUUAUACUAAUUUACACACAAUGCCCAAUUUCUGCGCGGCCCCGAACUGCACCAGAAAGAGCACCCAGUCCGACCUGGCUUUCUUUCGGUUUCCUAGAGACCCGGAGAGAUGUAGGCUGUGGGUGGAGAAUUGCCGUCGGGCAGACCUGGAAGAGAAAACUCCUGACCAGCUAAACAAGCACUACCGACUCUGUGCCAAGCACUUUGAACCAGCGAUGAUCUGUAAAACUAGCCCUUACAGGACUGUAUUAAGGGACACUGCUAUUCCUACAAUUUUUGAUUUAACCAGUCACCUCAGCAAUCCGCACAGCAGACAUCGCAAACGGAUCAAAGUGUUGACAGAUGAAGAGGUCCAGAAAAUAAAAGAGAGGAGAUUGGAGUCUUCACUUGAACACCUGCUUUCCAAAAAGGAAAAAAAUGACAGUCAGGACGGCACAGAGACAAACGAUGAUGUACCUCAGUUGAGUCCACAUCAAAAAGAGCUAAGAGAUUUCUUAAGAUCACUGUUUGAAGUGAUUGUUUUAAUAGGAAAACAAAACUUUCCAUUGAGUUUCCAGUCGAAACAGGAGCAGGAGAGUCACCCCGUCUUCAUGAGCACCUUUCAUACUCUGCUGGAAAAUCGUAUAAAUGCAGGGGAUGAAUUCCUGAGAGGGAAAUUUGAAUUAGCAUCCAUUAAUGAGGAGUACUGUCCAGCCACACAGCAGAGGCAGCUCCUGGACAUCUGUGAAAGGUGUGUUCGGGAAGAACUCCUCCAAGAGGUAAGAGACAGUCGCUUUUUUUCGCUGGUGACUGGGGAGCUGGUGGAGUUUCCUGAGGGCCAGCACAUCCCUGUGUUUUUGCGCUUUGUGGACCAAACCAACACACUUCGGGAGGAGUUUAUAGAGUUCCUCUCGUUUGAUGGAGAGGAGCUUUCUGUGGCCGAUAAAUUGGAAUCUCACGUCACUAAGCAGUGGGGAUUGAGUAUGGAGCACUGUAGAGGCCAAGCCCACGCUGCCUCUGGGGUGCUUGGCAGUAGGAUGAAGGCUGUGGCUACACAGCUCAUGGAGAAAUAUCCUCUAGCUAUAAACACCCCUUGCUCUACUUGUUCACUAAACGUUCACCUGGCCAACAGUAUUCCCUUGACUGGAGUUCAGGUGGUAAUGUCCGUUCUGAGAAAGGCUGAUGCGUUUUUUAAGGCUUCUCCACUCCUGCAGGCAGAGCUGGACAGUGCCAUCUCCAUUUACUGUCACAACAACGUAGAGAAAGGGAACUAUCUAAAAGAGAGCUGUCGUGAAACGUGGACGGAUCUUCAUAAUGUGUUUGAGAUGGCUGUAGAUUUGUUGGAGCCGCUAUUGCUCUGCAUGGACAGCGUACACGACAAUGAGGACUUGAAGUGGAACGACCAAAUCACAAGUGAUGCUUACUCAAUCUCAGAAGCUUUGGCAGACUUUGAGUUUAUCGUCACUUUGAUUGUGCUGAAGAACGCACUGUCUUUCACCAGAGCGUUUGGCAAAAACCUGCAAGGAGAGACGCUCGAUGUGUUCUUCGCAGCCAGCAGUCUAACGGCCGUCUUGCAUUCUUUACACGAGGUCACAGACAACGUUGAGGUCUACCACGAGUUCUGGUUUGAGGAGGCGGUGAACCUGGCAACGGCUAUGGAAAUCCCAGUCAAAAUCCCAAGGCUGUUUCUUAGGAAACAGCAGGCAAUCGAAACGUUGGAAAUACAGGCAGAGUCGUUCUUCAAAGAGUACCUUACCCUUCCGGUCAUGGAGUACGUCACUCAGGAAGUCAAGGAGAUCUUCUCGGACAACCAUCUCAAAGCUCUCAGGUGCCUUUCACUGGUUCCAGCAGUUAUGGGCCAGAUGAAGUUUAAUACAUCUGAGGAGGCGCAUGCAGAAGUGUUCAGGAACGACCUUCCCCAGCCGGACACGCUGCCCGCAGAACUGCACUGCUGGAGGAUCAAGUGGAAGCACAGGGGGAAGGAAGUGACUCUGCCAUGCACCAUCCACGAGACGCUGCAUCACUCGGACGUCAAGUUCUUCCCGAACGUCAACGCGUUCCUAAAAAUUCUGGCCUCUUUGCCAGUGUUGAAGCAUGGUGGCGGUCAAGGCGAGAUUGGUCAGAAACGCUUGCAGGCUUACCUUUUGGACACACCGGUCAGCCACAGGUCAAAGAACUUGGCGGUGCUAAACAUCAACUACCACGUAAAAAUGGAUUUAGAGGAAAUGGUGGAACGUUAUAUCAAAAGUUAUCCAGAGGAUGAAAUCGAUUGAGAAAUUUCACCAGUUCAUAGACUUAGCACGUAGCCUGUGAGUCCAGUUUUGGAAAUCUUGUCUAAAGACAUCAAUAAAAUUAGUUAUUUUUGUAAUUGCCAUGUUUUUGCAUUUAUCUUAUUUGAUUGGUGUUGCAAUGUUUAUACUGCUGUACGCGUUUAUACUGUUGUAACAGUUGUGUUGAAUCUUGUGUUCUUGACUGUUGACUGGUCUCAGAUGUGAUGAUGAAUGAUCAUACUUCAUCUAAUUUAAAGUGUAAAUAAAAAGAUUCUGCAUUUUAAUAUA